AUGACAGAAGCAGAAGCGGGUCCAUCGACGCCCUUUGUCAAGCCAGUGAACGUCAUCUACUGCGGCAUCUGCUCACUGCCCGCCGAAUACUGCGAGUUCGGUUCGAGGAUCUCCAAAUGCAAGCAAUGGCUUCAAGACGAGCAUCCGCAUCUCUACGCGCGAUACUACUCUGACACUGCAAUGGAUGAGAAGCUCUCUGCACUAUCGCUGGAGCAGAGGGAAGCGCUAGACAAAGACUCGGCCAAGAAGGAGGCAAAAGCGGAAGCCAAAGAUGAGAAAUUACAGAAGCAACGACAGGCACGCUCUCCGUCUGAACGCGAGGAACAGUGCUCACGAGAUGCACAGUCGUCUAAAGUCCUGAUCAAGAGGAUAGAGAGAACGAAACGAAAGCACGUAACGGCAGUAUACGGUCUCGAAGUCUUUGAGGUGGAUCUGAAGAAAGCCUCGAAGCUCUUUGCCAAUCGAUUCGCUACUGGCGCCAGCGUGGCUAAGAAUGCCCAAGGCGAGGACGAGAUCGUCAUCCAGGGCGAUGUGGCAGACGAGGUCGAAGAGAUGCUACUCGAUACCAGCCCGAAGAUUGCUGCCAUACUGGGCGGUGGCAGAAUACCGGAAGACAAUAUCUACAUCACCGACGAAAAGAAGAAGAAGGCGGCUAGCUGAUGCAGACUGGUGACCAUACAGACUUCUCGCUCGUUGGUAGAAACAACAAUGAGUGUGUUCUGUACAAAUUGCAGCGGACCCAGCAGCAUGUCAGAAAGUUUCUACUUGCACCUUGAAUGCGCAAUCUUCUCCCGCGCACCUCUGCCAUUGCUGUCCUUCGGCGUCCUUGACGAUCGGACCGGUGUAAUCAUGAACAUGCUCUGCUUCC